AUGUGGAAAUUUACUUGGGACAACAAAUUUUAUAUUUUACCUAUUACAUGUUGGGAAAAGCCACAAUAUAACAAUGGUGAGUCUAUCCCUUUAAAAAACUCUUCUGAGUUUAAUGACUCAAAUAAUCAAACUUUAUCUGCUGAAACUAAUUCUAUUGAAAUUAGUGAGAAUGAAUAUGAAUUAUCUGAUGAUGAACAUGAGGAAUCUAAAGGAUUCUUAGUUAUAGGAAAUUCUGAUGAAAAACCUAUACUUAAAAUUAAUAAUACCCAA